AUGGAUCAGGGAUGGGAAGUAAGUGAAGAACACUACUUAGAACAUUUGAUGUAAAAUCCUCUAUUUCUAAAGAGGUAGGGAUCUUAAUAAAUUGAUAAGCCUAUCAUUUAGGCACCUUAAGAAUCCCCUAAAACUAGAAUGAGAUUUAGGACAACUUCUAUGCCAAAAUUAGAUGAGAGCAGCAAGCCAAAUUCACCUAAUAAGAAACCAAUUAUGGAACCAUAGAAUAAAGUUGAAUAGUAGAUUAAAUAAUAGCAAUCUUAAACAAUUUGGAAAGCACCUAUAAGAUAAAAAAAAUUUUAAUUAUAUCCGCAAAAGAUAUCUUUAAGAUCUACAAUAUUUUAAGCUCCAAUGGAUGAAAUCACUCCAAUUAAAAUUGGAAGAACACUUUAGCCAAAACAAUUUAAUCCUGUAUUAUAAAAUACUAAUGAUAUUCAUUACAACGGAAUGAAAGGUUAAACUAGAUCAGUAAAGAGUGCUUCAAUGAGUAAUCUUUUAAACAAUGAAGAACGUACUAUGCAGAGAAAAAAAAUAGAAGAUUUUGUUUUCAAAAUAAGACCAUAAAGAAAUGCUAGUAUUCUUUAUGUGAACUCUUAAAGUUCAUUAUAGACUACUACAGAUGAUAUUGUACUUAGAAAAAUGUUAAAAUGA